ACCUCGCUUGAUCUCGGAGUGGGUGCCGUGGGGCUGAGAAAAAGAAAAAGAGUAGACGGCAAAAGCAAAAAAGGUAGGCACAGAUCAAACAUGGUCUCCGUGGGUCAGAGAAAAUUCGGUGGGCAAGUGUGGCAAGGUAAAGAUGGAAAAUUUGGGAACGCGAUUUGGUGAAGUGGUUGCUAGUGUUGGGCAUGCGGUAGUUGGUGCAUCAUCCGCUUCUACAGAACAAUUAAGCGGGGUUUCAGGCAACUUUCAAUGGGGUGGAACCUUCUCUGCCUUGAUUUUGUUGUUCUUGAACCAAAUAGGCCGGAGAUCAUCUAUUCAAACUACCCUUAUAGUAUUAUAUCUCUUUACAAGUUUCCCAACUGCGCUGUUCAAAAUUAUAAGAGGACAAUUUGGUUGUUGGAUUGCCUUUCUUGCUGUCACAGCAAACCUCUUCUUCCCUCAAACCUUUCCAGCUUCUCGCUUUCUCCUGUUUGUGAUUACUCCUGAUUGGGUGGCUGAUGGACUACGGGGUAGCAUCUGCAGUGGUAUUCUUUGCCUUCUAAUUGGAGUUUUACUUGUUAUAACAGAGGUGAGAGGAAUUGGACGACAUAGUAACUGUCAAUGCAACUUCCACUGCAUUUGUUAUUGUCUUGGUAUAGCUUUGCUGUUCUUCUUUACAAUACGGUAUCUGUGCCUGGAAACCUGGUAGUCAAAUUGUUCUAUUGGGAGGGGUGUUACUUCCUAACUUGUGGAUCUUUUUAUGAGCUUUCUAGGGGCUCUGCAAUUAUAAUGAAUUUUCUUGAUUGAUGCAUACAAACUUCAACUA